AAAAAUUUGGGCUGGGCAGUAGCCCACCCUGCCCUUGGCAUUGAACCGCCAAGAACAUACCGUUGAGAGACCAAACUGCGGCGACGACACCAAACGGUGUGUUUUCGGAGACCACUUCCCAAUUCAACCUCCUCGUCUUCUUAGAUCUGCAUCUUUCUCAUCUCUAGCACACAAUUUGACACACCGUUUAAGAAAUCAUUAUCAUCAGCACCGGCAUAGACGUCAGAUCUUAGCCGUAGAUCUGAAAAUGGUGCUGGUCUCAGCCGUACGGGAUUACAUAAGCCGGAUGUUGCAGGACAUCUCCGGCAUGAAGGUUCUCAUCCUUGAUUCCCACACGGUUAGUAUAGUGAGUGUGGCGUAUUCGCAAUCCGAGCUUCUUCAGAAAGAAGUGUUUUUGGUGGAAUUGGUUGACUCCAUUUCCAAGUCCAGAGAAUCCAUGUCUCAUCUCAAAGCCGUUUACUUCCUUGCACCCACUUCAGAGAAUAUCCAGUAUUUGCGCCGGCACUUGGUUGCUCCUAGGUUUGGAGAGUAUCACCUGUUUUUCUCCAACAUAUUGAAGGAUACCCAGAUUCAUAUUUUAGCUGAUUCAGAUGAGCACGAAGUUGUGCAGCAACUUCAGGAGUUCUACGCAGACUUUGUUGCCAGCGAUCCUUACCAUUUCACUUUGAAUAUGCCAUCAAAUCACAUUUAUAUGCUCCCAGCAGUUGUCGAUCAUUCAAAUUUGCAGCGCUUCUCUGAUCGAGUUGUUGAUGGAAUUGCAGCUGUCUUUUUGGCAUUAAAACGAAGACCUGUUAUUCGUUAUCAAAGAACAUCUGAUAUUGCGAAAAGGAUUGCACAGGAAACAGCAGUAAGUACAGUCGUAUAUUCCAAAUAGUUUUGCAUUUUGGGA